AUGGCCACUCAGCAAGGUGCUAUCUCUAAGCGCAGAAAGUUCGUCGCCGAUGGUGUUUUCUACGCCGAGUUGAACGAGCUUCUCCAGCGUGAGCUGGCCGAGGAGGGUUACUCCGGUGUCGAGGUCCGCGUGACUCCCACUGUCACCGAUAUCAUCAUCCGCGCAACCCACACUCAGGAAGUUUUGGGCGAGCAGGGCCGCCGCAUCCGCGAGCUCACCUCCCUGAUUCAGAAGCGCUUCAAGUUCCCCGAGAACUCCGUCUCUCUCUACGCCGCCAAGGUGCAGAACCGCGGUCUCUCCGCUGUCGCUCAGUGCGAGUCCCUGCGCUACAAGCUGCUCAACGGCCUGGCUGUUCGUCGCGCCUGCUAUGGUGUCCUGCGCUUCAUCAUGGAGUCCGGUGCCAAGGGCUGCGAAGUCGUCGUGUCCGGCAAGCUUCGUGCUGCUCGUGCGAAGAGCAUGAAGUUCACUGACGGUUUCAUGAUCCACUCCGGCCAGCCCGCCAAGGACUUCAUCGACAGUGCCACCCGCCACGUUCUCCUCCGCCAGGGUGUACUCGGCAUCAAGGUCAAGAUCAUGCGCGGUUCCGAUCCCGAGGGCAAGGCUGGCCCCCAGAAGUCGCUCCCCGACUCCGUUACCGUCAUCGAGCCCAAGGAGGAGCAGCCAGUCGUGCAGCCCAUGUCCCAGGACUAUGGUGCCAAGGCUCUUGCCGCCCAGCAGGCCGCUCAGGAUGCCCGCGUCAACGAGGAGGGCGCCGCCGAAGGCGGUGAGGGCCAGGAGGAGCAGUUCCAACAGCAGUAG